UAAGGAGCUGGUUUUAACAGCUUCAUAUCAUUUCAUUAGAUAGCAUUGCAAAGAACUUAGUACAGUAUCGGAAAGUUUAGUCAAAACUUGUUGCGAAUUAAAUUUUAUAAUAUUACAGUUCUUACGGUUUCAAGUGCCUCGGAGCACUUCAGCUGUGUUUCAAAAUGAGCCGACGCACUGAGAGCAUCGUUGUGUCUCCAUCAAAUUCAUUGAACGGAGACACAACGAUGUUCUCAGUGGUAUUGGCACAUUCUCAAACACCUACAAUGCUCCAAAACAGUUAAAACCGCAACAGGACUACGUAUUCGCUAUGCGCUUAUAUCAGCGAACAUGAGUAAAAGUUUACAUAUUUGCGGAGCAAAUUUACGGCGAGAAUUUAUAGGGAAUAAUACAGAUGGCGCAGAUAGGAUGCACAUACAGUUCCACAUGUGCUCACAGAUGAAUGUUUUUGUAUACGCAGAGCAAACAGGCAUAAAAAUUAAUUGAUUUCAGAAAUCUUUAAUCAAAUGAGUUCUAAAGACCAUUGAAAUUUAUAUAUUGGGUUAUUCACGGAAAAAGCUACCAGCUGAAAUUAGAACCGAAUGGGUGAUUUCGUGAAUCAGUGCAGGGUGGCAUCAUUAAAGAAAUGAAAGUUAACGUCAUGACACUGCUAAAAUCAUGAAUUUUACAUUCUUUUAUUUGUUUAACAAGGCCACACUGCCUCGAUUAACAGAAUUGUUCAAUCUCGUCCAACUUCAGCUGGUGCGUUUGCCGUGAAUAAUUGUUUGCGUUACUAUUAGUUUCUUCCAAUGUCACUUUUUUUAUGGACGUAUAACAAAUUUUUUUGAUCGAACCCAAAAUUAUUGGUAAACGAAAUGGCUAAUUUCCUGUAAGAUGCUUAGGCAAUGUAGGUUACAAGUAUAUGGACAUGAUCAAUACGAUUACUUGUUCAAUUAGGUUUAUACAAAAACACUACCCGUAACACUAACUGCCAUCACAAUAUUUCACAAAUUUUUAAAUUGAAAAGUUGUAAUUAAUUAUCAUCAUGGAAGAGAAAGAAAAAAAAUCUACAGAAAUUGACGCUGAAAACAAUGACGUCGAAGGUGAAAAAUCCGAGGGAAAAGGAGAGCUGACUCAGGCAAGAAAAAAUCUCACAGCUCGUCAUGACUUUGGCAAAUUAUGGCAUCGCUUUCGCGUUCUUAAUUCUCAAAAUGCAAUACUUCACGGUACUUUGGCCAUGAAUAGUAUGCGCUUCAAACAUCGCAGUCGUGGCUUCCAGGGUGCUUCGUGUUCGGUAGUAGCUAUAGUAUUUGGUCGUCUGCUAGAACCAAAAGAUUGGACCAAACAUUACAUCGACCAAGUUCUGGAAUAUGGAGAUAAGGUCUUUCGCAUUAGUCAGACCAGGAACAGAGUGAAUCCUGGUGUAUAUAUGACAACCAACCUUGUCUAUCCGGAAUUUUAUGUUGCGGACUAUAAGGUUACGAUAUGCACUGAGGAGAGCAGCGUCUACGGUAACCUCUUCAGUGAGACCGUAGGCUGUCCAAACUUUAUGGACGGUCUUGAACGGUUUUUCAAAUUAAAUGAUUCGGGAGUGGUCACGGCACAAGGAACUUCAGUGGCAAUGUGGAGACAACUGGGUGCAGGUUUCUUCCACUUUGAUCCUGCCGGAUGUGCAGAAGAUGGCAGCAAGUCUGCCAAUGGCGUGGCCUGUCUAAUGCGAUUCAAAUAUAUGAACGAAAUGGCGGACCUUUAUUUGAGUAAAUUGGACAAGAAAUACGACUCUAGAUACUGCAUCGACAAAGUCAGUGUACUGCGUGUCAUGCCUGUCAACCGGAAUAUAUUUUUGACAGUAAGCGAAUCGCCCAACGACGCGCUAGUCGUGGAUCGUAAAAUACUAAGAUCGAUAAAUCCUGCGGACGUCGAAGAAGGCAAACGCGACUGUACAAGAUCAGCGCCUAAAGAGACAAAGGUACAAGCUCCGUUGUUAAAUACUAAUAUUUUAAAAGAACCUUUGUCCAUCACAAUCUCAAAUUAUAGCAUCGAUGCUCAAUUUGCAAUAGUACCACUAGUGGAUCAGAAUUCGUUUGACACCGGAUAUGAUUAUUAUGAUAUGGAGGCAAACGUGCCGUCGACUUUUAAAGAGCUUUCAGGUGACAUGGCCAUUUUGCAUGGCUGGACGCACGAAGGCAGUGAGAUGUACAAGGGGAAAGGAGCUCAAAAUGUGGCCAACUGCGUGAUGGCGAUUGGCAUGAAGAAAGUACACGCUGUCAAAGCUUGGCUUAGACCUAGACUCGAUGAAAUUCUAGUCCUCGGUGACGCCAUCUAUGCCGACGUCAAGAAUGAAAAACCUACGAUCAAAACAAUGACUGCUGCUGAUUUGAACGACACCAAAUUUCAAAUUCAAGGAAAGAAAAUGAUAGUCGACGUAGACUUGUUGACAGUUGUCGGUACGGUAACUUCAAAAAUGCCAGAAGUUCUUAGUCUGAAAGACGCUCUUGAUGAAUUCUUCUUAGUAAAUACAGAUGGCGUCAUCGAGUGUACGUCAAUGGCUCUAGCCGUUUGGAGCCAGGAUGAUUAUUAUUAUGUAUUUGAUCCACGUCAAUGCGAUCUGCAUGGUAAUCACAUAAUAGAGGAGAAGGGCAAGGCCAGUGGAAGGUCCGCGAAGGACAGCACCGUUCGAGAAAAGAAGGUCAAGGGAAAGUGCUGCGUUAUACGAUUCCCCAAUAUAGACAGUCUAGUUACCCUCUUUCUGAAGAACGUCGAUCCAGCUAAGAAAAAUGACAGAUUUACUAUACGACACGUCACCGUUGUGAAUGACGUACCUGGUACAAGACCAUGGAAUGAUUUCGGUCCAAUUCAAAAUGGAAAAUGGAUCCUCAGAGGGAAAAUAGCGAACAACGAUGACUCCUUUGAGGAUGAGAGUCGUGGUGUCCAGGGCUUAGCCAUGCCAGUGGCUGGUCUGGUUCAUGCUAAAGAUUUGCCGCCAGCUAAAUGGACCAGGGAUACUAUCGACGAUGCUAUCCGUGAUGGUGAUGCUUACUUCAAUUGGUGUAUAUCGCCUGAGGAAGAGAAAGAUAGGACGUUGUUCGUUAGAAAUAUGAAGAAAGUUUUAUAUUCUAAAAAUAGAAGAGUCAAUCUUGAGGCUGAGGAGGCUAGUGUCGUGGGUGAUCUCAAGGCUUCGGCUGAUGGUGAUCAGUUAGAUUUAACCAAGGCAAUCAAUCAGUUCUUUCAAAGCCGACAGUUUGGAGUUGUUCAGGUUAAAGAUUUAUCGGUGGCGAUAUGGAAAGCCGAGGAGGAACUGAAAGAUAAGACCAAGGAAAUAGCUUAUUAUUGUUUCGAUUCGAAUCCCAGAGGACCGUCAGGGGAGAAGAAUAUGCAAGCUGUGGAAGACGAGCUUGUGGGAUGUGUUAUUCGUACUCUUGAUACGUCAGAAUUAGCGAAAUUUAUAGAGGGUAACAUCGACCCAAAUGCCGAACCUGGAAAUGACUUUGUCAUUCACGACAUUAAGAUUCAAUCCAUCGGACAGCCAAUGACUGAUGAGGAAAUUGAGAAGGAAAAGGAAAUUCCUAUAAAGCCAGAAUUAAAUCUCUAUACUGCCCUAGGGGAUGAUGGCGCUUGUCUUAACGGUAGCUUUAAUCAAGCUAAUGAAUUGAACUUCAAGCAUCAUAGUCGAGAUAAGCAACAAGCUGCGAACGCCUUGGUCGCUCUGGCAAUGACAAAACUUUAUAAUCCGCAUUUGUGGUACAGAGAAGUUGUCGAUGACAUAUUAAAAGUUGGCGAUAAAGUUACGGUUGAUAAUUCGGAGAAUCUUCCGGAGGCCGAGGAGGACGAAGAGAGUCCUAGAAAUUAUUUAUUACCGAGUGAGCUCAAUGAAGAAUUCGUUAUAGGGGUUAACAAGAUGUCCGUAACUUUAGAGGAGGAUGCUGUAACCGGAAAACUAUCGGAAUUGAGUAAAAAUAUAGAAGACUUUUUUGGAGAGAACGAACAAGCCGUAUUUCGAUAUCAAAAUAUAAUGCUGCCAAUUUGGAAAGAAGGUAGUGUCUUUUUCACAAUGGAUCCAAGAGGAAGGGACAGUCGUGGUGUUCCAAAAGAAAAAGAUGGCGUCGCUACCGUUAUGUGGUUCACAAAUACGACGUCCUUGGCAAAUAGUUUGCAAAUGGCUCUUGACAAAACGGAUGGUGAAUUCUCACUCGACAGCGUGGAUAUAGAAAAUGCUUACGAAACUAGAGUGGCAGAAGGCGACAGAAUAGGAAAGACAAUCUCGAGUGAGAAUUUGUGGCAUCAUUUUUCGAAAAUGUCUGAUGGAGUCUGGAGCUUUAACGGUAACGUUACUAUGAGCGACGAAAAAUUCGAGGAGGUAAAUAGAAAUAAACAAAGUGCAGCCAUAGCCGUGAUCGGUGUUAUAUUUUCAAAAGUUUAUCAGCCUCGAAGCUGGAAGCCUCAAGUUCUCGAUGAAGUCAUCGUAACCGGAGACAAGCUUCACUCUAAAUGUGUCGAAAGACUGGGCGAAGGCUCGAUACCAAAAGUCAAUGAGAUAAUCACUGAAUUUUUUCUAUCGAAUCGUCGAAUUGAUCUAACGAUCAAGGAUUGCGUAGAGUCGGGAGAUCUUGCUGGUAAAGGAUCAAAAUUGCAGGAUCUAAAAUCUGGGCUUGAUCAAUUUUUUACAAAUUACAAUACCGGUGUUCUCACGGCUGCCGGUACCAACAUGGCUAUAUGGAAGAUCAAGGAUUUUUAUUAUGCUCUGAUCCCAGGAUCGUCAGGCAACGGUGAUGCCUCAAUGGGUCCUCAAGUCUUACGAUUUUCCAGUACAGAUUUCAUGGCUUCUAUCCUAAAGACUCUUCUAGGUGGCACAGGGGAUUAUGAGAUAACAGCAAUAGAUGUCAUAGACUGGAAUAAACUUCCGCCAUGGAAAUUUGAUCCUAGUUCAGCAAUUAGACCUUCGAAUUUACCGCCAUUAAACGCAUAUAAAAGACUUCGAGGUGCAGCCAGAGCGAUACUACGUGGUACCGCUCAUCAAGCUUCUGAAAUUUUUCCCGAAGUAUUUCGCAAUAGACAGACAGCUGCCAAUUGCGUGGUAGCACUCGGUAUGUCCGUCAUUAAAAAUCCAACUACGUGGACUAAAUUAACGUUAGACGAGAUUCUUCUAGUAGGCAGUAACGUCCACAAGGAAAGUAUGACGGCAAAGCCAGCCCGAGAGAAACUGACACCUGAUGACAUUAUCAGGGUUUUUUAUGUGGGGGUGACUGUUUUAACGGCCGACGUUAAAGCAGCAGUAUCAGGACAGGUCGCCAUUCCACCACCGGAACCGGAAGUGAAGGGUAAGAAAGGCGCAAAAAAAAAGAAGCCUGCUCGUAAAGAGAAGAAAGGUAAGAAGGGUAAAACUAAAAGAGAGCCACCACCUCCGCCACCUAUUAUAUUCCUUGAGGAAGGUUUGCAAAAAUUUUUUGAAAAUAAUCGUGCUGGUAUUUUGGUCACCGGACGAUAUAUGACUGCUAUUUGGAAAGAUUUCGGUGUAUACUUUAUGUACGAUCCAAGAGCCAGAAACGAUCAAGGACUCGAUGAUGAUUUCGGUGCGUCCUGUAUAAUGUGGUUUGCCUGUAUGCAACCCUUUUACGAUCUUAUUUUUGCGAAUAUUGAAGAACGCGAAAAAUACGGUCGUUACGACAUUUACCAAGUUACCAUAAAAACAACUUUAAUAGAACCUUUACCGUGUCCGGCGAGUUUCCGUACUAUUCAAGAAAAAACAGCUCCAUCAAUUCCUCUUUCAUCUACCAAGAAGGUCAAUGUUUUAGACGUCGCGACUCUAUCGGGUUACAACAUCGUGGAUGAUGAGAUCAGUGUACUACGUGGAAAUGUUCAUCUGGGGGAUAAUAUUUUCAAUAUAAAAAGUAGAGGCCUACAAAGCACGGCUAUUGCCGCCGUAGCGAUAGUCGUAGGAUUACUGCACGUUCCGUCCACCUGGACCAGUGAUCUGGUAGAUGCUAUUUUGAAGUACGGCGAUCUACUUCACGUGGACAGCACCCGAAUGUAUCUUCCAGGAGCCAGAAAUCUCUCGCCACGUGAACUACUUACGGUUUUUAUCGUUGGCGACUUGAGGGCGCAUAUUCACAUACAUCAUCACACCAAUGCCGGGGUUUUACAUCUCUAUGACCUUAUCUCUAACCUUACCCUCUUCUUCAAGAAUAACUGCUCUGGUAUUUUGCACAUGACUAAUAUGGCCGUCGCCGUGAUGCAGCAUUACGGUAAGUUUUACUUAUUCGAUCCCUGCGCAAGAAACGAAUUCGGUCGUCCCAGUGAAGAUGGCGCAGCUUGCGUCAUUAAAUGCGAGAACAUAUCAAAGAUGGCGCGGGUGUUUAUUGAAAAUUGUAAUUACAAACGACCGACUGUCUACACGCUCAAUGCCGUUAAUGUGCUAAAUUUACGUUUCUUUUCCGACGCUAAAAAACCCUGCCCGCCAUCAUGUAUAAAAUAAAUAAUAAUAUUUUGAUUGAACUAUAUACGAUUGGAACUAUCUAUAAUUUUUACCAAUGUUUUGUUACAUAUUUU